GAGCUUUAUAUUAGCGUGAAACAUUGAACAAAUCACACAUUGGAAAAAGCUGCGCUCCGAGGGUACCGAAUCAUAUGUAUGUCUACUGUCGCACAGAUCGCAGAUCAACAACGCUACAACAGACGAAGGUAGGCUGGGCUGGUUGGUUGACGGGCUGACAGAUAAACGGGUUACAUACGGAAAUCACCGGUGAAUAUAUACAUACAUACAUAUAAACGAUGAAUACAAAUGAGCAAAAUGUGAAAGAGUAAAAGUUGAAAAGUAGACGAAAAUAAUGGUGCAGAAGACAGUGGUAAAUAAAUCAAAGACUAACUAACUAUUAGUGGCAGCACAAAGAGCGCAACGAAGAGUGUCACAGCGCAAGUAUACUAUAUACAGCAAAUAGCGGUAACGGGACGCUAUAGAUUGUAGAAGAGUACGCUGGCGUUUUGGUGGUCAAACAACAAAAGUCGUCCAACGAAGCAAGCAACGAGCGGCGCGCCAACACUCUUAUCGAGCUGGCGUUAGAUAAAGGCUACAUACAUAUAUGUAUAACUGCGUUAUUUGAUUAGAUUUGGCAGUAAAAUAUCGGGAAUCGUAACACUUGCAAUUCGUGAACUUCCAGCGCAGGUGUUAGUACGUAAUGUAAAUCGGUGGAUUACGGAGUUGUGCUGUGCGCGAACCAAUCGAGGUAACAAAGCAGCGAACAAAGUACAAAGACAGUGUUGCGCAAAUACGAAAAGAGCAAGCCAAAACGAAUGCUUAGUAUUGUGCACAAUUAAAAGAAUUGCCAAAGCAGAUAUUGAACUUAGUUCAGGAAGCGCUACGGAGUUCCACAUAAGAACAGACUACACACCACACAUUCAGCUGGCAACCACGCUGCAUGCGUAAGGGAAAAGUGUUACAAAAUCCGUGCAAAUCGUUUUGUACCAUUAUGGAUCCUUGUCGGAAUCUCUCACUCGAUUUGCCCGACACGAGUUACGUGUAUGACAAUACGGCGGCCAGUGUGGUGAACACGCCGUUGUCACCGACGUCCAGCGUAGCGAAAAUCUCGCCCAACGGUGUUAUCGAGCUGAGCGAGCUCUUCUACAUCAACAACAAGCAGAAGACGACCAUUACGGUCGAGGUGAAACUGAAUGCGGAGGGCAUAUUUUUGCGACGAGAGACCGGCGCAGUGGAUGAAAUCAGCGAGCAGCGCAUACGUAUGGAGGAUAUCAUAGGCAGUAGUUGUGGACCGCGUUUGAAGAAGAGCCAUCGUGGCGCUUUGGCCUCCUGUCGACGCAUCGAUGAUGAAUCCGAAGCUGAGCAGGCGGCACAAAAGGAUAUUAGCGCCUAUUUGCACAUAUAUGCUUAUAUCAAGAACGAGAAGAGUUCCAUGCGUCGUGAGCGCACCGUGCGCAUAUUACGUUUUCGUUCAUUCGAUACGUAUGAGGAGAAUGUGAAGGUGGCCGAACGUUGGCAUCAUGCGAUACGCAUUAAUCAGGCGGCGCUUAAGAAUCAAUUGGUCGAGAAACAAUUGUUGAUUUUUCUCAAUCCCAAGUCCGGUUCGGGUAAGGGACGUGAAAUGUUCCAUAAACAAGUGGCGCCCGUCCUCAAGGAGGCUGAUGUGCCGUAUGAGUUGCACGUGACGGCGCAUUAUAAUUUUGCGCGUGAGUAUGUGCGCAAACACAGCGAUCUCUUGCAUUGUUAUAGUGGCAUUGUGGUCGCAUCGGGCGAUGGACUGUACUAUGAGGUGCUCAACGGCAUAAUGGAACGUGAGGAUUGGCGCGCAAUUACACGUCAAAUACCGCUGGGUAUUAUACCUUGUGGUUCGGGUAAUGGUUUGGCGCGCAGUAUAGCGCAUCUCUAUAAGGAACCAUACGAACCGAAGCCCAUUUUGUAUGCCACAUUGACUUGCAUUGCUGGCAAGUUGGCGCCGAUGGAUCUGGUGCGCAUCGAUACGGGUAAGGAGGGUAAAGCUUGCGAGAUGUACUCAUUCCUAUCCGUCGGCUGGGGUCUAAUCGCCGAUAUUGAUAUCGAGAGUGAACGUUUGCGUUCGAUUGGCGCAUCGCGUUUUACUUUCUGGACGAUACGGCGGCUGAUUGGCUUGCGCACUUAUAGCGGCAAAUUGUCAUAUAUACGUUGUGAACGGAAGGAUGCCCGCAAGACUUUUGGUACGCGCGUUUCCACGGUCUCCAAUGAGGAACGUCGUUUGCCACCAGAGGUACAGGAGUUCUAUGACAUACCAAAUCCACCGGCGGGCAUUAAGGAUGAUGAUUUCGUCACAAAAACUAACAACAAAGAAGAUGAUGAAUUCGGUGAUGCCAUAUCGUUGGAUCGUGUUAGCUUUCGUUCAAACGCCGAUAGCUGGCAUUCGGCUAUGUCGAAACGCACCGCUUACUUUUCGGUCACUGACCAAAGCUUACGUUCGCGUCGCAGCGUACUCAGCCGCCUCGAAUCGAUUAAUUUGGAAUACGAAAGUCGUCGUCCACCGUCCACAAUACCGACACUGGAUCAACCGUUGCCCGCAGAUACUUGGCACACCGAGGAGGGUGAAUAUGUUAUGGUUCACGCAGCCUACACCACACAUCUCUCCUCAGAUUGCUUCUUUGCGCCCGAUUCACGUCUCAACGAUGGCAUCAUCUAUCUCGUCAUAAUACGUGGCGGCGUUGGUCGCUCACAACUGGCGCAUUUCCUACUCGGCAUGAGUUCAGGCACACAUCUACCAAAGGAGCCGAAUAAGUAUAUAGAAGUGGUGCCGGUGCGUGCAUUCCGCAUUGAACCGAGUCCCGAUAAAGAGGGUAUUAUGGCGGUGGAUGGUGAACGUGUGGACUAUGGACCGCUGCAAGGUGAAAUAUUGCCCGGCAUGAUCAAGGUCAUGGUCCCCAACGGAAAUGCCAUCGACUAGCGCACAAAUUACACACAAAUAGUCGCCGAGUACACAAAUAUAUUCGUAUGUAUAUUUAGUAAAUAUAUUUAGCAUUUGUUUUUUUUACAUGCCAAGCAUUUGUAGUUCCAUUUAGUUCGGUUUGUUUUUAAACAUAAUAAGUAUUUUAUUGUUAACUAUUCCAUUGUUAUUAAGUAUAUAUAUAAUCUAAUGUUGUAUGUAGAUUCAUACAUGUAGACAUAGAAAUAUCAAAUAAAAUACAUGAAAGUGCUACAUUUACAGCCUA